AUGGCGUGGGGUCUUCCAGCUCGUCGCUGGCGGGCUCUUCGUCAAACCUGCGCCCCCAAGCUGCGGCUUUAUUUCAGUCAACAAACCCAUAGUCCGCCGCCGUGGAGGCCGGUGUCUGCUUUGGACGAAUGGGUUGAGCGUGACAUUCGUCCGAUCAGUUUACGACAGCUGACGUUCUUUGGACGGACCCUGACCGAAUCGCGACUCAUCAGCUCUGCCAACUACGUACGGACUGAGCUCCCUACCCGAAUUGCACAUCGCCUGCGGGAUAUCCAACGGCUACCGUAUGUGGUCGUUGCCAACCCCCACCUUUCCCUAGUCUACGAACUCUAUUACAAGGCCUUCGAGCGAUUUCGGACCAUCCCGGAGAUAAAAACGUUAGACGACAAUGACAGGUUCUGCGACAUUCUGCGCAAAACGCUGCAAGAACACCUUGUCGUGAUACCUAAACUCGCAACGGGUGUCUUGGAAUGCCGUGAGCUUGUCGCGCCAGAUGUGCUGGACGAUUUCAUGAAUACACUCCUCCGAGCGAGAAUCUCUCGUCGGGUUAUCGCCGAGCAACAUCUUGCUUUGACGGAAACUUUCAACUCGCCAUGGCACUUUCCUGGCUCUCAAGAUCGCACGGACCUGAAUGCCGACUUUGUUGGGGAAGUGUUCCUCAAGUGCAAUGCAAAAGAGGUUGCUGAGCGAUGUGGAAAGCUGACGCAGGACAUGAUGCGGCAGAGCUCUGGGUCGGAUAAGAUCCCGGAGAUCUCGGUGCAGGGUCACCUCGAGGCUACCUUCCCGUACAUGCUGAGUCACCUGGAAUAUAUCAUUGGCGAGCUACUGCGCAAUUCAAUCCAAGCCGUGAGUGAGCGAUACAAGGGCACUUCAGAGAAACCACCUCCGAUCGAAGUACUCAUCUGCGAGGCGCCACAGCAUGUGAUCCUGCGUGUGUCCGACCAGGGAGGAGGGAUACCGCGCGAGGUUCUACCGUACCUGUGGUCCUUUAACAAGGGCCCUCACAGCAAAUCGCAUCUCCACAAUCUAGGGCAGGUUCCCGCCAUGGCGGCCACGAUGCAGGAGCUGAGCGUGUCGACGGAAAGGAAGCAUGCCGACAAAGAAACAUUCCGCGAGAGCUCGCUGGAUUCGCUGACCUCGCGGCCUCCUAAUCUGCGCUUGGGGAUCGGACUUCCAAUGAGUCGCGUGUAUGCCGAGUACUGGGCCGGCAGCCUGGAGCUCCACAGCCUAGAAGGCUACGGCGUGGAUGCGUUCCUGCAGAUCUCUAAACUGGGGAACAAGAACGAACAGGUGACGACGCGAGCGUCAAUUGAUGCCGUAUGA